CGGAUGGAGAGUCUGGCCGCGGCCGGCGGCGCCGCCUCCUUGUCGGGCCGGGCACGGCGGGCCGGGGCCUUUGUGUGAGGCGGCGGCGGCGAUGGUGCUCGAGCCCCGCGGAGCCGGAUUAACCGUGCUGAUAGGGAGGCAACGUCAUAGGAGCUGCUAAGAUGGGCAUGAGGAUCAAACUGCAAAGCACCAACCACCCCAACAACCUGCUGAAGGAACUCAACAAGUGCCGGCUCUCCGAGACCAUGUGUGAUGUCACCAUCGUAGUGGGGAGCCGCUCCUUCCCAGCCCACAAAGCCGUGCUGGCCUGCGCAGCUGGCUACUUCCAGAACCUCUUCCUGAACACUGGGCUUGAUGCUGCCAGGACCUAUGUGGUAGACUUCAUCACCCCCGCCAACUUUGAGAAGAUUCUGAGCUUUGUCUACACGUCAGAGCUCUUCACGGACCUGAUCAACGUUGGGGUCAUUUACGAGGUAGCUGAGCGACUGGGUAUGGAGGAUCUUCUCCAGGCCUGUCACUCCACCUUUCCUGACCUGGAGAGCACUGCUGUGGCCAAGCCCCUGACCAGCACCAGUGAGAGCCACUCCAGUACCCUGAGUUGUAGCUCAGCAGAACCAGCCCAUCCCCUUGGAGAACUCAGGGGUGGGGGGGAGCACUUUGGUCCUGAUCGAAACUAUGCGUUGCCUAGUGAUGCUGGAGGAAACUAUAAAGAGGAAGAGAGAAACGUUACCAGUGACACUAACCAUAGCCUGCCUCUGCCGCAGCAGCCACUGCCGCCAAAGACAGAAGACCAUGAUGCCCCUGCUCCGUUCACGUCCGUUCCCAGUGUGGUGACCCAGCCAGUCCUAGGCGCUGUCGGCAUGGGCGUCCAAACCAGCACAAGGUCCUGCCAGCCAUACAAAGUCCAGAGCAAUGGAGACUUCAGUAAAAACAGUUUCUUCACCCCUGACAAUGCCAUAGACAUCACCACUGGGACCAACUCCUGUCUGAGCAAUAGCGACCACUCCAAAGACCCGAGCUUUGGGCAGAUGGAUGAGCUCCAGCUGGAGGACCUGGGGGAUGAAGACUUGCAGUUUGAAGACCCCACCGAGGAGAUAGGCACAGCCGAGGAGGUGAUUGAGUUGAGUGAUGACAGUGAGGACGAGCUGACUUUUGGAGAGAGUGACAGCCGAGAGAAUAAGGCCAUGCCCUGCCAGGUAUGCAAGAAAGUUCUAGAGCCCAACAUUCAACUGAUCCGACAGCAUGCUCGGGACCAUGUGGACCUGCUGACCGGCAACUGCAAGGUCUGUGAGACCCACUUCCAGGACCGAAACUCCCGGGUGACCCAUGUUCUGUCCCACAUUGGUAUUUUCCUCUUCUCCUGCGACAUGUGUGAAACUAAGUUCUUUACCCAGUGGCAGCUGACCCUCCACCGACGGGAUGGAAUAUUUGAGAACAACAUCAUCGUCCACCCCAACGACCCCCUGCCUGGGAAGCUGGGUCUCUUUUCAGGGGCAGCCUCCGCAGAGCUGCAGUGUGCUGCCUGCGGGAAGGCAUUGGCCAAAGAUUUCCACGUGGUCCGGGGCCACAUCCUUGACCAUCUGAACCUGAAAGGCCAGGCCUGCAGCGUCUGUGACCAGCGCCACCUUAACCUCUGCAGCCUCAUGUGGCACACACUCUCCCAUCUCGGUAUCUCAGUCUUCUCCUGCUCUGUCUGUGCGAACAGCUUUGUGGACUGGCCUCUCCUGGAGAAGCACAUGGCUGUGCACCAAAGCCUGGAAGACGCCCUCUUCCACUGUCACUUGUGCAGCCAGAGCUUCAAGUCGGAGGCUGCCUAUCGCUACCACGUCAGCCAGCACAAAUGCAACAGUGGCCUUGACGCACGGCCUGGUUUGGGGCUACAGCACCCAGCUCUCCAGAAGCGGAAGCUGCCGGCUGAGGAGUUCCUGAAUGAGGAGCUGGUGCUGCAGGGCCAACCUGGGAAUAGCAAGUAUAGCUGCAAGGUGUGUGGCAAAAGGUUUGCCCACACGAGUGAGUUCAACUACCACCGGCGGAUCCACACGGGCGAGAAGCCGUACCAGUGUAAGGUGUGCCACAAGUUCUUCCGAGGCCGCUCGACCAUCAAAUGCCACCUGAAGACGCACUCGGGGGCCCUCAUGUAUCGCUGCACGGUCUGUGGCCACUACAGCUCCACCCUUAACCUCAUGAGCAAGCACGUCGGCGUGCACAAAGGCAGCCUCCCGCCUGACUUCACCAUUGAGCAGACCUUCAUGUACAUUAUCCAUUCCAAAGAGGCCGAAAAGAACCUGGACAGCUGACUGGGUCCCAGCAGAGCCAGGGGGAGCUCCCAGGCAGCAGCCAGGACGUUGGUUUUCUAAUGGCUGUUGGUCCCUCCCCAGUUGAAGUUACAGUUUUGCCUUGCUAGGAGUUCUGUUCUGUCCUGUGUUGAAAGAAGAAGAAAGAAGAAAUAGCACAUGAACACUGUUACUGUUUUUGAGAACAACGGCCCUAUAUCAUGUUUACCUCCUUACCUGUUCUUGCCCAUGGAGGGCUGUGUUUUUGAUUCUUUUGAGGCUGGUUUUGGGAUCUUGUCAGGCAGUUGGUGUCAACUAGAUCCCCUUCCCCAGCCGCUCGAGUUUUAGUUUACUGAUAGGUUUUAUGCUGCUAAGAAUCCAACCAACAGCCUCACUGAACAGAGGAGGUGGAGAGAGGUUUUCACCGUGGGUAUUACUGCCAGACCUCCAACCGGGACAACCAGCUAUGAGAGAGAUUUUGGGAAUGUGGUCAUUCAGAAAAGACUGGUCAGCAGGGCAGCUCACCUCAGGUGCCAGUCCCAGCCCUCAGCAGGGGAAAGGGGUCAGGGAUGGAGGGUCCUGCUUGUUCCAUGGCUCGAAUCUGCUGAUUGGACAGUAAAAUCUCUUGGCAGCUAGAUCCAAACUGGGGACAAAGCGUUCUGUUUAGGUCAGAAGGCUUUGGGAUGAAUCCUUGCCAGCCAGAAGAGGUGUCCUGCAGUGCCGCCGGAAGUGGCAGCCUGGAUGGACAGGAAGGGAGGUUUUCUCUUUUCUCCUCAAUUCCAAAGAAACACAAUUUUAUGGAGUGAUGGCCCGGGACGUCAGGCCUUCCCUGUGGGCAGAAAGGACAGGGAGCCGCUUUGAUGUAAUCCUCUGUCAUCUGGCCACGUCCAUCGACCUUGAGUUUCCUGGUGGAGAGGUGGGGAUGUCUCUGAAGCAGCAGCCUUGCCUUAAUUUACAUCCAGUCUCCCACCUAGAAGUGUGUUUGGCCUGUAGCGUAGAUGAGAAGACCCCGUGAGGUGGAGUGGUGGACUGUGAGCCCUUCAGGAUUAAAGGGACCCGAGUAA